AUGGCUUUCUUUAAGCAGGUCCGGACUUUAAUGUCCAAGAAUUUCCGGUAUCUGCUCUUCCGCCACCUCACAAAGGUCAUCGUGAUGGCCUUUCUCGUGCCAAUCAUCCUAGCCGCCUUUUUCAGCUUUGCAAAGAACCUCUUCGUCCCACCUGCAAUUUUCGGGUUCGGAGAGAUUCAUCCUAUCAAAACUCUAUCGCAAGCUUUCGACGCUGCUUUUAACAGUGGACGGUACAAAGUCGUGCUUGUCGACAACGGAUUCACAGGAGGGAGCAUAGAGAAUGUGCUGGAUCAGCUUCAUACGCAAAUAACAGCACAGGGGCCUUGGAUCGACGUCGUCAGAACAAACAGUGAAGAUACACUGGUCACCGAGUGUCGAAGCAGCCUGCGAGGAGUUACAACCUGCUUUGGGGCUGUCGUCAUGCGGUCGUCGCCAAAUGAGGGAGACGGUGGUCUAUGGAACUACACCAUUCGCACGGAUGCCGAGAUGUCCGACAGCCCCCUCAAGAUCAACGUUGAUAAGUCUGACAAUCCCGAAGAGGUCUAUCUUUUACCUAUUCAACGCACCAUAGAUGGCCUCAUUGCCGGUCUAAACAGCACUGAGGCGGCACAGGCUCUUGCCAACACUCAGGAGAUGCCCUUCACCAACUUGACCCAGAAAGAGAGAGCAAAAAAAGUGAGGGCAAUUUUUCACAAAGCUAUUGUGAAUUUUAUGGGAGUUGCCUUCAUUGCCUCCGUCAUUUGGAUCACAUACCACCUGACUGGCCACAUUGCUACCGAACGUGAAACUGGCAUGUCGCAGCUUCUGGAUGCCAUGAUGCCUGUUAGCAAGCCGUGGAUGUCACUAGCAGCCCGUAUCAUCUCCCACCAUCUCUCUUUCUCAAUCAUCUAUUUGCCGGCGUGGGUUAUAGGAUCCGCCAUUGUGAAAUAUGGCGUGUUUUUCUACACCAAUCUUGCCAUUGUUCUCCUCUUCCACAUCACCGCAGGUCUUGCUCUUGCGUCUAUGUCUAUCCUGUUUGCCUCCUUCUUUAAGAAGGCCCAGCUCAGUGGUAUUACCGCUAUUCUUGUCAUCCUCUUGCUUGGCAUUCUGGCGCAAUCUCUCACUCAGCCCUCAACGGGACCCGUGGUGAUUUUGUCAGUGCUCUUUUCGCCAUGUGCCUAUGUCUACUUCAUCACCCUCAUGUCUCGCUUUGAGAAGCAAAAUAGGCCAACCAACCUUGUCGAAAUAGCCCCCGACAGCCCCUGGAAGCUUCCAGGCAUUGCUCUCUGGAUCUUUCUGGUUGUUCACAUUUUUGUAUACCCACUUCUUGCCGCACUGAUCGAGCAGCGCCUCUAUGGUACCUCCACGGAAGGCCGCAGCAUAUUAAAGGCCGGGGAUGGAAGUCUUGGCGAGGUUGCUGUCAAACUUGACAACUUCACCAAGAUUUACAAACCUAGCUUCUUCUCGCGCGUGUUUGCUAUGGGCUCCAAACCUAAAGAGCCUGUUGUAGCCGUCAAUGGGCUUAGUUUCGACGUCAGAAAGGGCCAGAUUGUCGCCCUUUUGGGUGCCAACGGGAGCGGCAAAAGCACGACCUUGGAUGCAAUUGCAGGCCUGAAUAAACUUACCAGCGGAUCAAUUACGAUCGACGGCAAAGGCGGCCUUGGUAUUGCGCCGCAAAAGAACGUCAUAUGGGACGACUUAACAGUCGAGGAGCACCUCAUCAUUUUCGGCAAGCUCAAAUCACCAUAUGCACCGGCAACCAAAGAACAGAUUACCGAAUUAAUCGACUCUAUUGACCUCGUCCAUAAACGAAAGGCUUUGGCUAAAACUUUGUCUGGAGGUCAAAAGCGAAAGCUGCAGCUUGGAAUGAUGUUGGUAGGCGGAAGUGCUGUUUGCUGUGUGGAUGAAGUGAGCAGCGGCAUCGAUCCGCUAUCUCGACGCAAACUCUGGGAUAUUCUACUGGCUGAGAGAGGAAAGAGGACUUUGAUUUUGACUACCCAUUUUCUGGACGAGGCCGACCUUCUUGCUGAUCACAUUGCCAUCUUGUCCAAGGGAACACUGCGGGCCGAAGGUUCGUCUGUGGAGCUCAAGGAUACACUUGGAGGCGGUUACAGAGUCAACGUACACAAGAACCCGGAUAUCAGAGAAACGCCUAAUAUUGCUGGUGUGAGAAAGAAGGAUGCUUUUGACCUGAUCACCUAUGUUGCCCCAACGUCUAGACUAGCGGCAGAGGUCAUCAGAGCACUACAGAAGGAGAAUAUCACAGACUAUCGCUUCUCUGGUCCCACUAUUGAAGACGUAUUUCUGCAAGUUGCGGAAGAAAUCAGAGACGAAGAAAUCUUCCGAGAGACCGAGACCAUUGUCGAGAAAAUGCCAAUCAAAGAUGACAGCAGCUUUUCGCGGGAUUCCUCUAGUCCGCAAAUGGGACAGGGGCUUGGCCUAAAGCUUCUUGAUGGCAAACGAUUGGGCUACUUUGAACAAGCCGUCAUCCUAUUCAAGAAGCGUUGGACAGUGCUGAAGAGAAAUUGGAUACUUUACGCCAUUGCCUUCCUGCUUCCCAUCAUGGCAGCAGGAUUAACUUCUCUUUUCGUCAAAAACCAAGAGCCGACAGGUUGCAGGCCCACUGACCAGGCCUCGACCUCUGAUACUGAGGACGCAUUUACUCAAAUCGGUGACGGUGAUAGCCUCGUUUUCCUUGCCGGACCAUCUAACAAAUUCAAUCAGACGCUGAUUUCGAGUCUCUUCCGACCCAUCUUUGGUAUCAACCCUAGCCCCAUUCUCAGCAUCGCUGCGUCUUCUCUUAGCAACCUUCACCUCGUCGAAACCUUUGAUGAAUUCAAUCAGUUUGUUCGGGACAACAGCAAAAAUCUCACUACAGGUCUGUGGCUUGGCGACGCCAACACAAAUCCCACCGUUGCCUGGGUUGGUAACGUGUUUGUUACGAGCCCACUUACGGCUCAGCAGUUCCUCGACGUGAUGUUGACGAACACUACGAUUGCCACAUCAUGGUCUUCCUUUGACGUUCCUUUCAACUCCUCCAUCGGAAAAGCUCUCAAUUUGGUCAUCUAUAUGGGCUUGGCGCUCGCUUGCUACCCAGCAUUCUUCGCCCUGUAUCCGAGUAACGAGCGCAGGCGAUUUGUGCGCAGCUUGCAGUACUCCAACGGCGUCAGGCCAUUCCCCCUGUGGGUGGCCUAUCUUUUAUUUGACUUUAUAAUGGCCCUGGUCAGCUCCGCAAUUGUCACUGCCCUAUGGGCUGGACUGUCAAACGUUUGGUACCACAUUGAAUAUGUCUUUGUGGUGCUCUUUUUGUAUGGCCUGGCUUCUAUAUUGGUGUCAUAUAUGGUAUCUCUGUUCACCAAGUCGCAGCUAGCCACGUUUGCCUGGGCGGCUGCCGGGCAGGCAGUUUUCUUCCUCGGCUACUUGAUCGCCUAUGUCUGUGUCAUUACAUAUGUCGAGGUCUCCAAGAUUGACAACACACUGUUGGUCUGCCAUUUUGUCAUCUCAGCAUUCAUGCCUGUCGGCUCAGUGACUCGAGCACUGUUCCUCGCAACAAACCUCUUCUCUACUGCCUGCGAUGGCAACGAGCUUUCUACAAACCCCAGCGGCCUCAAGGCGUAUGGAGGUCCUAUCCUUUAUCUCAUUAUCCAGUGCAUCAUUCUAUUUGGACUAUUACUUUGGUUUGACAGCGGAAAUGUAGGGUCUUCUGUAAGAGCUCUAUUCAAUAACCACAAGCACCCAAACAACAUUACUCAGGCAGAUGAGGAAGUGAUGCAAGAAGAGCUUAGGAUUGCGAAUUCUGCGGAAGAUGAUGGCCUCAAAGUUUUGCACUUGACAAAGUCAUUCGGGAAGAACCUCGCGGUGGACAACGUGAGCUUUGGCGUGAAACGUGGCGAAGUCUUUGCUCUCUUGGGUCCAAAUGGAGCAGGCAAAUCCACCACCAUUUCACUCAUUCGGGGUGACCUCAAGCCAAACCUCAAUGGCGGAGACAUCUUUAUUGAAGACGUGUCUGUGACAAAGAAUCUGGCUGGUGCGAGAGCAAACCUUGGUGUUUGUCCCCAAAUCGACGCCUUGGAUCAGAUGACUGUUAGAGAACAUCUGGAAUUUUAUGCUCAGGUUCGGGGCAUUCCUAAUAUCGAGCAUAACGUCACCGCAGUCCUACAAGCCGUUGGCCUCAGCUCUUUUUCAACACGCAUGGCAGCCGCCCUUUCAGGCGGCAACAAGCGCAAGCUGAGUCUGGGAAUUGCUCUCAUGGGCAACCCUGGUGUCGUCCUGCUUGAUGAGCCCUCAUCUGGCCUAGACGCCGCAUCCAAGCGAGUCAUGUGGAAGACGCUCCAAGCUACGGUCCCGGGCCGAUCCAUCUUAUUGACAACACACAGCAUGGAAGAGGCCGACGCGUUGGCUGGUCGUGCUGGCAUUCUAGCCGGACGAAUGCUCGCUCUCGGUACGCCUGAUGACCUGCGGCAUCGCUUCGGUGACGCCCUACAUGUGCAUCUUGUGUCGAGCACAGCCCCCAGGACAACAGAAGAGGAGAUGGAAGCCAUCACGUCGUGGAUUCUCGAUACAUUACCCACAGCCAAGCUUGAGUCGAAGAUGUACCAUGGACAGCUGCGAUUCUCUGUUCUCUCGAGCCAAGUUCUUGCUUUCACCAAAGAUCCAGGUGCCGACGAUGUGACACCCGUUGGACAUGAUAUCAGCCAAGGAGCCAUUGGGCGACUCGUCGUCCUACUAGAAGAGAACAAGGCUCGCCUAGGUGUUGAGCACUACAGCGUCAGCACUACGACGCUUGACCAGGUCUUUUUAGAUAUUGUUGGUCAACACAACAUCCAGGAGGAGAAUCACGAGACGAAGCCAGGUCUGUUGAAGCGGAUGCUGAAGUUCAGAAAAUCUUGA